AUGUUUGCUUUCGGGAACCAGAUUCUCGCAGGUAUUCGUGCAAUACAAGAGCAAAAGCAAGCCGAACAGCAGGCCAAAGAGCAGGUCCCGAGGCCCAUCCGCCCAUGGACAUCCGUCCGUCGAGAGCAUGGCCUAGCUCAUCAACGUCUGUUUGAGGACUACUUCACCGAUGAGCCCCGGUGGGGACCGACGUUUUUUGCCGACGGUUUAGGAUGCGACGAGAACUAUUUCUCCAGAUUGUUCACGCGAUGGAGGCACGCGACGUGUACUUCCAGCAGCGGGAAGAUGCGACCACAGAAAGGGUCUAUCCCCGCUGAUGACGUGCACGGUUGCGCUUCGUCAGUUGGCAUACGGCACUAUGACGGACAUGUUCGACGAGUAUCUUCACGUCGGGGAUACAACUGGCCGAGAGUGUCUGAAGCUGCACGGAAGGACGUGGAGCGAGGAUUCAGUGUGCUUCAAGCGCGUUGGGGAAUAGUGAAAGGCUCGGCUCGUUCCUGGUAUAUGCAUCAUAUCGUCAAUGUCAUGUACGCGUGCAUCAUCUUGCACAACAUGAUUAUUCACGAUGAAGGUCGUGCAACUAGCGAUUGGUCCGACGAUAAAGCCACUUCGAGCGCAAGUCAUGCAACCCCGCCGGUCGUUCAAGGUUUACCCUAUGGAGUCAACGAGAGAUUACAAGCUCAAAAGAGCAUGCGCAAUCAACAAGCUCAUCUUCAACUCAUGAACGACAUGAUUGAAGAAGUCUGGACACGUAAUGGUCGUUGA